AUGGACUUCGCCGCCACCCAGAACUUCUGCGAGGGCGCCACCCAAAACUUCUGCGACGGCGACGAGAGCGACGAGGAGGACAAACCACAGUUGAUCCGGCUCCUCGACGGUGGUAACGCUGGGGUGACCAUGCUCCCGUCUGUCGACGGCGGCGUCCUAUCUAUCGGGCGCGCCGCGAGCGACGACGGAGCGUCCGCUCUGCUCCUGACCGACGAAUCGCAGCCACAGCCGCCCAAGGUCUCCGCUCGCCAGGCAGAGGUGCGCCUGGUCAACGGCGCCUUCACCCUGCACGUGUUGAGCAGUGCGACAUUCACGUUCGUCAACGAGCAGCACUACAUCAAGCCCGGGGGCGGGUCGCCCCCCGCCGUCUCGCUCUUCCACGAAGACACGCUGCGCUUCGGUGGCGGCAUCAAGGCAUCCCAACGCUACGACAAGUUUGUGUUUAGGGUCCACGCGCCCGAGCACCCCCGCCCCGGCAACAAUGGCGUCGCUGCAGCUGCGCAGGGUGGCGUCACUGGCGAGAUGCCGAUCGUGGCGGAGCAGAUUGGCAGCGGCGAGGGAGAUGGCGAGUGGGCGAAGGCUAGCCUCCUCCUCCCGGCCGUCGCCACCGAAGCGGCGAUCGCUGCGCCCAGCGCUGCCACGUCUUCAGAGGCACCGAGCGCGCCAGCAGCCUCGCUCCUGGGAAAGCGAGCCGCACCGGCGUCGGAUGUCAUGCUGGGUGCGGCAGCGGGUUGCGCGGUCGCGGGUGGCGCGGUCGCGGGUGGCGAGCCGGCCAGCACAGAGUCGGCAUCGGCAGGCCAAGCCUCUGUGGCAGGCUCAGCGGGGCGUGAAUUUCAGGUGGCGACGCUUUCUAGUUCGGCCCGAGGCGUCGAGCGCGGCUUCAAGGUGCGUUUCAGUGCGCGCGGGCCCGAGCAGGCCGGCUGGUCUUCGGUGCUGCCGCCAGUGCUCCAAUUCGCGGUGGUCAAGCGGGAGUCGAUCACGCCGUCGCUGCAGCGCGUGGCGUUCCGUCUGACCGACCUAGCGGGCGAGUUCGAGCCGUGGCUCAAGUUUGUGCGCUCGUCGUCGUCGCGGUGCGGGUGCAUGCAACUGCCGGGCGGCGCAAGCGUGAUCACCACGGCUGUUGUCGGCAGCGAGCUGGCGUGCGAGCUAGUCGGCGGCGGUGGGGCACUGGCCGAGAUGGAGCGGCAGCUCGCCGCCAAGAGCCGCGCAAUGAGCGAGCUGGCAGCGGAGCGAGACGCCGAAGCAGCGGCCCGCAAAGAGGCCGAGGAGAGGGCCGUGGAGCUGCAGCAGGAGGUAGAGGAGUGGGAGAACCUCUCGCGCGACGCAGCGACGAUGCGCGAAGGCAUGGGGCAGCAGGCGGACUGCGGACCGGGCGAGCUGACGCAGCAGGUGGACGAUCUGUGGUCGGUUGUCGAGGAGCCCGGCGACGAGCUGCGCCAACGCGACCAGGAGCUCAUGCGAAAAGUGCGGCUGCUGCUGGAGCGAGCACUAAACAGGACCUUCGACGGAGGGCGCGCCGUCCCCACUGGCUUUCGCAAGAUGGCGCUGCACGACAAGCUAGGCUCGCUCCGCGCAAGUCGCAACAUCCCCGAUUCUCUGUUCAGCGUUGCGCACCAGCUCCGCCUCGUGGGGAAUGUCGCUUCCCAUGACACGGACCACCCCCACCCUCCGCGCGGCCAGCUGCUCGAUUUGGUGGCCAGCCUUAAGCAGGAGAUGAUCCUGUGUUCCCGCUCGAGGGCCGCGAGGGCAUCUGCCGGCGCUCGUCUGCCAAAGUGGCGCCAGAGUGGAGAACUGGAGGCUGCAUAUUCAACUGGCCGAGGCGGUCUACCGUCCGGCGGCGGCGGUCUACCGUUCGGCGGCUGA